CCGAGGUGUGCGGGGCACUCCCGAUUGUUUAGGGACUCCGCAACGUCCAAACACGCCUUUGAGCGCCUGUACAUAAAGUUUCUCCGGACCGAUCAUCAGCAUCGACGACCGCCUGAACGAGAAACCGUCUCGACACACGCAAUGGAUUUCAGAACCACCGUGUUCCUUCUUUUGCUGCAGCUCGGCACCUUGUGCUAUGCGGGACCUGGCCGGGACCCGGCCGUCGAUAACGACAACUCUGGGGAACGGGACAAGUCAAGCAUCACCGAGACAAUCCUGAAGAUGAACAAUGCAUCGACGGCACCCCUGAUGGAGGGGGACUUGAUGAUUGAGAGAACGAGGACCGCCAUCAAGUGCGCGGUGAACGCACAGUACUGCCUGUGGCCAAAGUCCGGCAACGGCCAAGUCCUGAUCCCCUACAUCAUCGCAAACCAAUACUCCAUUUUAGAGAGGGAUACCAUUGAAGGCGCCCUGCGGGGAAUUGAGGCCGGAACCUGCAUCCGGUUCAUCCGGCGAGGGACCCAGAAGGCUUACCUCUACUUUGAGCCCGGGUUCGGGUGUUUCUCAACGCUGGGCCGGAAGGGAGGCAGGCAGUUGGUGUCGCUGCAGCGUUUCGGCUGCGUCCAGCACGGCAUCGUUCAGCACGAGGUGCUGCACGCCCUGGGCUUCUACCACGAGCACACGCGCAGCGACCGCGACGAGCACAUCCUCAUCCACUGGGAGAACAUUGAUGACGUUAACAAGCCCAACUUUGAAGAGCAGGACACGGAUAAUCUCGACAUCCCCUACGACUACAACUCCAUAAUGCACUACGAAAGGACCGCCUUUGGAGUCCAAGGGGCAGUUACCAUGACCCCCAUCCCUGACGGCUCGGUUGAAAUCGGCCAACAGGAGGGCCUGUCCGAAUUGGAUGUUCUCCGGAUCAAUCGUCUAUACGAGUGUUGGAAUUAGAAAACGGAGGAUGCCGCGUGGCAUGUCGUGUGACACUUUAAAAUAAAAGAAUGGGUAGCUUGACUUCUUUUGGGUGUUUCCAGUGAGGACUCCCUCUCACUGCCAUUUUUCAGUUGAUUGAUUGAUCAGUCGCCUUAGCCGGAAAAACAAGAAGCAAUCAGCUUAACAAAGUUAUAGUUCACACACACACACACACACACACACACACACACACACACACACACACACACACACACACACACACACACACACACACACACACACACAAAAAAUAAA